UUCAAAUCCCAUUAUAUUAAAGUAAAUAUUCAAUAAUUAUUAUUUGUAUAUUACAUAUUAAAAAUAAAAAUAAAAAAGUGUGUCUUCAUCAUCAACAACCCAUUACCACCACCACCCACUUUCUUAAUUUAUGGAAUUUUUUUUAAUUGAUUCUUCCUCCCUAAAUAGAACUGAAACAAUAGCAUAAUUUGCAGUCUUUCAAAAAAAAAAAAAAAAAAAAAAAACAAGAAAAAUGGAGCGUGCCCGAAAAUUAGUGAACAGAGCAAUACUCAGACGCCUGGUUUCUGCAUCCAAGCAGCAGCCAUUGUACAGAUCCUCCAGGUACGUUUCCUCCUUACCUCCGGCUUUAGUGCCACGUGGCAGCAAUGUUGUCAGAAAAGCUCACAGCUUCACGUUCACCCGAUCCAUCUCCGUCGACGCCCUCAAACCGAGCGACACCUUCGCCCGCCGCCACAACUCCGCCACGCCGGAGGAUCAAUCCAGGAUGGCCGGUUUCGCCGGGUUCGAAACCCUCGAUUCACUCAUCGACGCCACCGUACCCAAAUCCAUCCGCGCCGACAAAAUGGAGCUGCCCAUCUUCGACAAGGGGCUGACCGAAUCGCAGAUGCUCGAACACAUGAAACACCUGGCAUCGAAGAACAAGGUUUUCAAGUCCUACAUCGGGAUGGGUUACUACGGCACCUUCGUCCCGCCUGUAAUCCUGAGAAACAUCAUGGAAAAUCCAGGGUGGUAUACCCAAUAUACCCCUUACCAAGCCGAGAUUUCACAAGGCAGGCUCGAGUCACUGCUGAAUUACCAGACGAUGAUCACCGAUCUCACCGCUCUGCCGAUGUCGAACGCCUCCCUGCUCGACGAAAGUACCGCGGCAGCCGAGGCAAUGGCCAUGUGCAAUAACAUAUUCAAGGGUAAGAAGAAGACAUUUAUUAUUGCAAGUAAUUGCCACCCACAAACAAUUGAUGUCUGCAGAACUCGAGCCGAUGGAUUCGAUCUCAAAAUCGUCGUUUGUAAUGUCGAGGACGUCGAUUAUAAAUCCGGUGAUGUUUGUGGGGUUUUAGUGCAAUAUCCAGGAACUGAGGGUGAGGUUUUGGAUUAUGGGGAAUUUAUCAAGAAUGCGCAUGCGAACGGUGUUAAGGUUGUUAUGGCUUCCGAUUUGUUGGCUCUGACUGUGUUGAAGCCUCCCGGUGAAUUGGGGGCGGAUAUUGUGGUGGGGUCUGCGCAGAGAUUCGGUGUGCCUAUGGGGUAUGGUGGGCCCCACGCCGCGUUUUUGGCGACUUCGCAAGAGUAUAAGAGGAUUAUGCCUGGUAGAAUUAUCGGCGUUAGUGUUGACUCUCAUGGAAAACCGGCUCUUCGUAUGGCUAUGCAGACUAGGGAACAGCAUAUUCGUCGGGAUAAAGCUACUAGCAAUAUUUGUACAGCUCAGGCGUUGCUUGCGAACAUGGCUGCAAUGUACGCUGUUUAUCACGGACCAGAAGGACUUAAAACUAUUGCUAAAAGGGUAAAUGGUCUAGCUGGAAUAUUUGCUGCUGGAUUGAAAAAAAUCGGGACCGUAGAAAUCCAGAAACUUCCAUUCUUCGAUACUGUGACGGUGAAAUGCGCAGAUGCAAAGGCAAUUGCUGAUGCUGCUUACAAACGUGAAAUAAAUUUGCGGAUUGUCGAUAAUAAUACCAUAACUGUUUCUUUUGAUGAAACAACCAGUUUGGAAGACGUGGAUACGCUUCUUGAAAUCUUUGCAGGUGGCAAACCGGUGACAUUUAGUGCUGAAUCUCUUGCACCUGAGGUUAAGAAUUUGAUCCCUUCGGGGCUUGUUAGGGAGAGCCCGUUUCUGACUCACUCCAUAUUCAACUCGUUUCACACGGAACACGAGCUUCUUAGAUACAUUCAUAGGCUUCAAGCAAAGGAUCUUUCAUUAUGCCACAGCAUGAUUCCGUUAGGAUCUUGUACGAUGAAAUUGAACGCAACAACCGAAAUGAUGCCGGUUACAUGGCCUGCCUUUGCAAACCUUCAUCCUUUUGCCCCCACCGAACAAGCUGCCGGUUACCAGGAAAUGUUCAAGAAUCUAGGUGAAAUGCUGUGCACGAUUACCGGCUUCGAUUCUUUCUCUCUGCAGCCAAAUGCAGGUGCUGCUGGAGAAUAUGCAGGGCUGAUGGUUAUUCGUGCGUAUCACCUGUCGAGAGGGGACCACCACCGUAACGUAUGCAUUAUCCCAGUCUCUGCACAUGGAACGAACCCUGCGAGUGCAGCCAUGUGCGGAAUGAAAAUCGUAGCCGUUGGAACUGAUUCCAAAGGGAAUAUCAAUAUCGAAGAGUUACGAAAUGCUGCAGAAGCAAAUAAGGACAACUUAUCUGCUCUUAUGGUUACGUACCCUUCAACACAUGGAGUUUACGAAGAAGGAAUCGAUGAGAUAUGCAAAAUUAUUCACGACAAUGGCGGGCAAGUGUAUAUGGAUGGAGCUAACAUGAAUGCUCAGGUUGGUCUAACUAGCCCGGGAUUUAUCGGUGCGGAUGUCUGCCAUUUAAAUCUCCAUAAAACAUUUUGUAUUCCUCACGGUGGAGGUGGGCCCGGCAUGGGGCCUAUUGGGGUGAAGAAACACUUAGCUUCAUUUCUACCCUCACAUCCUGUGGUGGCGACUGGAGGUAUACCAGCACCGGAUAAAUCUCAGCCACUCGGUACCAUUUCAGCUGCACCUUGGGGCUCGGCUUUAAUUCUGCCAAUAUCAUACACUUAUAUUGCAAUGAUGGGGUCAAACGGUUUGACCGAUGCGUCGAAGAUUGCAAUUUUGAAUGCAAAUUACAUGGCGAAACGAUUGGAGGACCAUUACCCGAUUCUUUUCCGUGGAGUUAAUGGAACAGUUGCUCAUGAGUUCAUUAUAGAUUUGAGAGGCUUCAAGAAUACAGCUGGAAUCGAGCCCGAAGAUGUGGCUAAGCGUCUCAUGGACUACGGUUUUCAUGGACCAACUAUGUCGUGGCCUGUUCCUGGUACACUCAUGAUUGAACCAACUGAAAGUGAAAGCAAGGCAGAGCUAGACAGAUUUUGUGAUACACUUAUAUUGAUCAGAGAAGAAAUUUCCUUAAUCGAGAAAGGAAAAGCCGAUAUUCACAACAAUGUUCUCAAGGGGGCGCCUCAUCCACCGUCGUUGCUCAUGGCUGAUGAAUGGACGAAACCAUAUUCAAGGGAAUAUGCUGCCUACCCUGCUGCAUGGCUCAGAACUGCCAAGUUUUGGCCAACCACCGGACGAGUCGACAAUGUGUAUGGAGAUCGCAACCUCGUCUGCACCUUACUUUCGGUAUCACAGAUGGCUGAAGAAGCAGCUGAAGCAACUGCUUAAGAUUAUUGCAAUAUUUUUUUAUUUUUUUUCAUCAUCUUUUUUUGUACAUAAACAAGUUAAUAACAGUUGUUGCUGAGAAGAUCAGUAAUAACAAUUGUUGCUGAUAAUUGCUACUUUUCAGUUUUUAUUAUGUCCUAAUUUUUACAGUAUAUUAGUUUUCUUUUUAUCA